AACUGAAAAAUCUCAGAAGAAAACUGGAGACUGACACAGAUCAGAGUGAUUCCUCUACUGUGCACUCUCCUGACAGAGGCACUGCUUUUGUGGGGCAGGAAUGAUGACAGGGGCAAAAAGAAGAAGAGACACAGUGUGGAGGAAGAUGCAGGCUGUUCGCUUUGAAGAUAUCAAAGCCUGGUGCAKGAGAAGGCUGCCCAUAUUGGAAUGGGUGCCUGCCUACAACUGGAAGGAAAAUUUGGUUCCUGAUACAGUKUCUGGGAUGAUGCUAGCCAUCCAACAGGUGACUCAAGGGCUGGCCUUUGCUGUUCUGUCUUCAGUCCAUCCAGUUUUUGGUUUAUAUGGAUCUUUCUUUCCUGUCAUUGUUUAUGCYAUAUUUGGAAUGGGGCGUCAUGUUGCAACAGGAACUUUUGCUUUAACUUCCUUAAUAUCUGCCAAUGCAGUUGAGCGUCUUGUUCCUUCAGUCAGAACCAAUUUCACAGCAAACAAUAAUUCCACAAUUUUGGGUUUGUCGGAAUUUGAAAUGCAGAGGAUUGGAGUUGCCGCAGCAGUUUCCUUUCUAGGAGGAAUCAUUCAGGUAGCAAUGUUUAUGCUGCAGUUGGGCAGUGCCACUUUCUUGUUAACAGAACCCGUGAUAAGCGCGAUGACAACAGGAGCAGCGACACACGUUGUGACUUCACAAGUGAAGUAUCUGCUGGGAAUGAAAAUGCCAUAUAUWUCAGGACCACUGGCAUUUUUUCAUAUUUAUGCCUACGUGAUUGAGAAUAUCAGAUCAGUUCAGCUAGAAGCAUUACUUCUCUCCUUGSUGAGCAUUGUGGUGCUUGUUGUUGUUAAAGAACUGAAUGAGAAAUUUCAGAGAAACAUUAAAGUUGUCCUUCCCAUCGAUCUACUUCUGAUAAUUGCUACAUCCACUGCUUGCUACUAUGCUGAUCUGGAAUACGUCUAUGGCAUAGAAGUUGUGGGAAACAUUCCUAAAGGGUUGCCUUCACCAAAACCACCAUCCAUGAGUGUCCUGCCUGAAGUAGUCACUGAAGCUUUUGGGGURGCACUGGUUGGUUAUGUAGCCUCACUAGCUCUUGCUCAAGGUUCUGCUAAAAAGUUUAAAUACACUGUGGAUGACAACCAGGAAUUUUUGGCUCAUGGCCUCAGCAACGUGAUUCCUUCAUUUUUCUUUUGCAUACCAAGUGCUGCAGCGAUGGGACGGACGGCACUUUUAUACAGCACGGGCGCCAAAACGCAGGUGGCCUGCCUUAUCUCCUGUGUUUUAAUUCUUGUGGUGAUCUAUGCAAUUGUCCCUCUGCUGUACUGGCUUCCUAUGUGUGUGUUAGCAAGCAUUAUUGUUGUGGGUUUGAAGGGGAUGCUAAUGCAGUUCCGUGACUUAAAAAAAUACUGGAAAGUGGAUAAAAUAGACUGGAGCAUCUGGGUUAGUACCUACGUGUUUACAAUAUGCUUUGCUGCUAAUGUGGGACUGUUGUAUGGCGUUGUCUGCACUAUAGUAAUUGUGAUAUUCCGCUUUCCCAGAGCAAAGACACUGAAUUUGAAAAGUAUGAAAGAGGUGGAAUAUAAAUAUAAAGCAGAAGAUAAUUGUGAAUCAUUAAAACAGGUAAAAAUAGUUUCAGUCAACAGCCCGUUAGUCUUUCUGAAUGCCAGAAAAUUUCACGCUGACCUGUUAAAGAUAAUCCAGAAGGAUGGACUGAGCAGCCAGUGUGAGCAGAACACAUUGCUCUGUUCGUUUUCCAAUGGAAGUUGUCAUGGUGAGUCACAGUCAUGUCACAGUGAUCGACGUGUUUUGAUAUUAGACUGCAGUGGACUGAAUUUCUUUGACUACACUGGAGUCUCAGUGCUUCUUCAGAUUUACACGGACUGUAAAAACAGACACAUCGAUGUGUUGCUAGCACACUGCAAAGCUUCYUUGAUAAAAGCAAUGCAGUACGGUGGAAAUCUUGAAUCUGAAAAUCCUGUGUUUUUUGAAUCUAUUUCUUCAGCAAUCGAUGCCAUUCAGAUUCACAGGAAUUACAGCAAGUUCAGUGAACAGAGUGAAGUGUGAUGCCUACCCAUUGAGAAUUGCUAGUUUCAUCUGCUCAUAUUCAAAAUGAACUACAUCAUGGCUUCUCCUUUUUUCUCCAGUGGAUCUCAUAGAUGAUCAUUUGUAUGCCAUACAUAUUUAGCACAUUCAGUUAUGACAGAACUGCCUAUCAGAAAGAAAAUCRUUCAGCUGCCAUCACUCAGAGAAUGUUCAUGUAAUUGUUCUACAGUGGUUUUAUAUAAUAUUUUUAUAUACAUUUAGAUACAAACUAUUAGAAAGCAGACAUGAGGUACUGACUGUGUUUACCAGUGAGGUAUAUUCUUUUAGAUAUCUUUUGUAACAUUAGUUGUAAUAUGCAUCUGUAGUUUUGUGUAUGGAAUAGAGACAUUAUGAAUUGUUAAAAGAGUAUGUUAUAAUUGAUAGAGUAUCUGCAGGAAAGCAUAUACCAGUGCAUUUCUAGUGGCUUUACUUACUCUUUCCUUAGUUCAAGACAGCCAUUUGCAGUAACAGCAUCAUAUCACUCUUAUCAUAUUCUUCCAUUUUUGUAUGCUCUCUAAUACUUGCUGAGAUAAAUGGGAGAACUUGCAAGUAUAUGCAGAGAAGGCAGAUGCAUGUUGUCUAAGACACUGGAUUGCCUUGCCCUCCAUAGUUAUUUUGAGCUAUUAUGGUUUGCUAUAUUUUCAAAGAUAUUCUUUAGCUCAGACUGAAGAGGAAAAACUGGUAAURUUUUUCCAAACCGUAUUCUUUUUUCCAGCACAGAGUAGUCUGCAUUUCCAGUUUGAGCYGUGAUUUGUUUGGUGUUGAAAUCUUCAGCUGAGGCAGCUGAGAGGUGAUAGUAGAGACACAUGAGGUGUGUGACAUUUCCGCCACAAUCAUGAUGGGCAGUACUGUGUGCCAUACACAAAGUGGGUGGAGGAAUUCACAGGUUGAGUAUUUGGUUUGUAUUUAUGGGUUGUCAGCAAUCAUAUUAGAUUAUACUAUCACAUCAGUAUCAUGUUAAAUGGCAUGUUAUUGAGCCCUUCCAGUACCUGAAGGAAACCUACAAUAAACACGGAGAGAGACUGUUUACAAAAGCAUGCAGUGAUCGGGAAAGGAGGAAUGGCUUCAAACAGAAUGAGAGUAGGUUUAGAUUAGAUAUUGCAAAAAAAAAUUCUUCACCAUGACAAUGGUGAGGCACUSGAACAGGUUGCCAAGAGAAGUUAUGGAUGCUUUAACUCUGGAAGUGUUCAAGGCAAGGCUGGGUGGAGGUUUUACCAACUUGUUCUAGUGGAAGUUUUCCCUGCAUAUGGCAGGGUGUUGGAACCAGAUGAUCUUUAAGGUCCCUUCCAACCCAUGCCACUCUAUGAUUUUAUGCAUGACUUCGUUCCACUUGCCUUUGUUCUCUUAUGUGACCACCAGCAAUAAAAUGUGAGUUGAGCAAAAAAGGAAUCAACAAAUGAGAAAGAGAGGAAUUAGGAUUUUUUGAAAUCAACUUAAAGAAUCUAUGGAAACUAAAGGUCAAUAAAUAUAGCACAGCCAUAAUGGCCAUCUUAGCACUCCAGAGAGAAGGGAAGUACAAAGAUGCUUUGUGCAACUGAAACAYACAGGCAAAAUCCAGUGCAAAGCAUUCMGUUUUCAGCAGCAGUUACAUAUGUAUGCUUGCCUGGACCUUCCUUUCUCUGUCUGCCCAAAGCUGCUGCCUGCARGAGAUGAGGUGGCUCACAGAGCAAMUUCUGCAUCUCUGCAUAGUUAAGACAUUGCUAAUGUUUUCCUCUAGUCUUGCUAACUCUACACUACUAGAUGAUAAUAGGAGAGUGCCAUAGGGGUUUUUGCCCUUUCAAUUAUGAGUGACUCUUGAAGUUAUUCCCUAGUUUGUCCCACCAAAGACAAGAAAUGUUCAGUAAAAGUUCUUCUACGACUGCCUUGGUAAUUACUAUGCAAAAGGUUGAUAAGCAACUGYGAGAAACUCAUUAUACACAGGAGAAAUAAAUUCUGUAUACUGUUCCAAGCACAUUAAUUUAGAUGCUGUAGUUGAUUGCAAAUGGCUCAUUACAUCACUGGACUCAGUAACAGGCUAUAACGUUUGAUUAAUAAUUUCCUCAAACAGUUUUAGUAAUUUAUUAACGCUUUAGAAACUAUUUACAAUGUACUUUAAUCGUAGAAGCAGCAAUUUUAUGUCACAGCUGAAUGGAGAUUUCUACUUAACUGCAAACUGAAUAAAUGAAUAAAUGGUAUCUUUUCUACUAGGUUCAGCAUUUAUUCUUUGUCGGCUAAUGUUUUUUCUGAAAAUUUACAGAUAAAUUGAUUAAUGAAAUUGUUAAAAAUAGGGUCUUUAGCAAAGAUAACAUCUACCAGGAGGCUUUCAGUUUUGUUCUGAAUGAUCUUGUAAAUGGAACAACACAGAUAGUUUUAAAAUUCCUUGGAGUAUUAGCCUUUAAUGAAACCCUCUGGGUUAAAUGAUCAAUUCUGUAGUGCUUAUCAAAAUAACUUGCAAUUUUUACUGCUUUCAAUAGGAAUGUUUUGCCCAGCUAAAUGGCUGUUUUAGGGAUGAACAUUUAUCUUGCAUUAGCUCCAACCUUCCAACACUGCGCUUUGGGAUACUUGUAAUAUUUCUGUAAUCUAUUUUGCCAUAUAUAAAUAGUCUAAAUAACUUUCCAUUUCUGAGAGUAUGCAUUGUUAAUUGUAUUCCCUGUCUGGCACGGGACUUCACUUAGAAUAGUUGUUUUUCAGCAGAACAGRGUGUUUAAGGGACACAUGAAUAUAGUUGCCCUUUCAAUUUCUUCUAAAAUGCCUGCAUUGAGUUAAAGCUCUGUCAAACCAGAACUGCUCUACAGAGCUAUAGGCAGUGAGUGAGGAAGUGUCAUUUAUUUUUUACCAUUGACUUAGAAGRGCAAAUUGCAAAUUACUUCACUACUGCUGCAGUUUCCAUCUCUCCACAACCCACCCUUCUGAGCUAUUGAUAUUUAAUAAAACAUGUGACUGCACAUUGCCUGUCUUUAAAUGGCCAGGAUGCCGCACCAUCAGACCUCAUGGACUGCCAGAUCACUGGUUGCUCUGCUGGUGGGAUGGAAGUUCAUCCCAUGUCUUCCCUGAGUUGCUCUCUGCAAAUCCCUGGAGAUGGUAUACUUGUGMCUCUCACAGAGUCAACUGACAACUGCUUCAUUCUUUGGUGAAGAUUUAAGGAAACACCAUAAACCUUCUGGAUUAAGUUUUGGAGGCAAUUCCCACUAUCAAUUCAACCCUUCCCUCAAUGUUUUUUUUAUAUAGACUGUUCACUGGCUUCCAUCUGGCUCUCAGAAAGAAUUACUAUGUAAAUAUAUGGAAGCCCAACCCAAAACAUCACAAUUAGCUUCACUGGAAUAGAAUGGAAUAGAAUGA